ACAACAACAGCAACAACAACAACAACAACAACAACUAUAUACUCUUUCUCUCUCACCACCACCACCAUGUAGUCUUAUUUGUACAUAUGAUGAUGAUAUGAGGAAGAUACAUACAUAAACAUGCACACACACACACAUAUAUAGAUAUAUAUGGCCAAUUGUUAAUUCUCUAGUUAAUCCACCUUGUUAUUUAUUUUACAUGUUUGAUUCUGUGGUUCUCAAUUCGAUCCAUGGAUGAGGUUGUUGUUCUCUUCUUUGUGCAGCAGCAGAUACAUGUGAUUACUCUAAAUAGUAUUGGACCACCAAAAUCACCAUGAAGAGAGAGAUAGAGAUAGAAAUAGAGGAGGCAUGGGAAUAGCCACGCCGCCACCGCCGCCGCACCUAAUCAUCGGCCUGCCGAAGCCCGUUUCGUCGCUGCAGACGCCGACGACGACGAGUACUUCUAUGUCCCACGGCUUCCACCACCACCACCACCACCACCAAGGCGGCAUCUUCGGCUUCUCCUCCGAUGUCUUCGACCGUUCCACAGCACCGUCAACGACGACGACGAUACCCGGCAACGCCGGCCAGCACGAGCACGUCGCGCAGCAGAGCCGGCGGGAGAAGCUGCGGGUGCAAGAAUUCGACCCGGCUGGCGCGGCAGCCACCGGACACGCUCAGCUAGUCCCGAUAGACGACGACACUGGCGACGGAGAUGGAGAAGGCGGCGGACAAGAAGCGAGCAUGUACGCCACUGCCGCCGGAGGGGCGGGGCACGCCGCCACCGGCAGCAUGCUGUCGGAGAUGUUCAAUUUCGCAGGCGGCUGCCCGUCGGGCGCCGACUUUCUUGGAUAUCGCCAGCUGUCUGCCAUGAGGCCUGCGGCGCCGCCGAUGGCAGCCUUUGGGACCGGCGAUUGGUACGCAGGCUCGUCGAACAAGCCCCAGCAGCAGCAGCAGCAGCAGCAGGCGAUGCACCACCACCCGGCGCUCACCGCCGACUCGGCCAUGCAGCUCUUCUUGAUGAAUCCCCCUCCGCCGCCGCCACUGCUGCAUCGUCAUCAGCAUACGCGAUCUCCUUCUCCCCCUCCUCCGCCACCGCCGCCACCGCAGCCAGAGCAGCAUACGCAAACUCUCCACCACCACCAAGCCCUAAUCCAAGCAUUUGGGGACAAUUCCGCUGCUUCCUUCGGCGGCGGUCAAGGGCUGAGCCUGUCGCUGUCGUCGUCGCUGCAGCAAUUCGAAAUGGCGAAGGCGGCAGAGGAGCUGCGGGUGCGCGACGCUGCCAUGCUGUACUACAACCAGCAGCAGCAGCAGCAGCAGCAGCUUCACCACUUGCAGUUGGAAGGCCAUGGGCAGGUAUUGGGGCCGCCGCAGGCCGCGCAGCUGGGGUUCGGGCCGGCCGGGGUGGCGGCAGUGCUGCGCAGCUCCAAGUACGCGCGGGCCGCGCAGGAGCUGCUCGAAGAGUUCUGCAGCGUUGGGAGGGGCCAAUUCCGGUCGGGCCGGAUCGGACGAGGGUCCGCCGCCAAUAACCCUAACCCUAAAAGCGGCGGCAACAGCGGGGCUUCGAGCUCUGCGGCGGCGGCGGCUGCUGCAUCCACAUCGUCGUCGAAGGAGGCCCCUCCCUUGUCUCCUGCAGAGAGGUUUGAGCAGCAGAGGAAGAAGGCCAAGUUAAUCUCCAUGCUUGACGAGGUGGAGAGAAGAUACAACCACUACUGCGAGCAGAUGCAGAUGGUGGUGAACUCGUUCGACUCGGUGAUGGGGUUCGGCGCGGCGACGCCGUACACGGCGCUGGCGCAGAAGGCGAUGUCGCGGCACUUCCGGUGCCUGAAGGACGCGAUCUCCGCACAGCUGCGGCAGGCGUGCGAGCUCCUCGGGGAGAAGGACGCGGGCGGCGGCUCGGGGCUGACCAAGGGCGAGACCCCCCGCCUGCGCAUCCUCGACCAGAACCUGCGCCAGCAGCGCGCCUUCCACCACAUGGGCAUGAUGGAGCAGGAGGCCUGGCGGCCCCAGCGCGGCCUCCCCGAGCGCUCCGUCAACGUCUUGCGCGCUUGGCUCUUCGAGCACUUCCUCCACCCGUAUCCAAGUGAUGCAGAUAAGCAUUUCCUGGCAAGGCAGACCGGCUUAUCCAGAAAUCAGGUGUCCAAUUGGUUCAUCAAUGCAAGAGUCCGGCUAUGGAAGCCCAUGGUGGAGGAGAUGUACCAGCAAGAAGCCAAGGACCAUGACGACGACGACGAAGACGACGAAGCCGCCGCUGCCGCCGCCGCCGCCGAUGCAGCAUCGUCGCUUUCCCCCCCCUCCUCCUCCGGCGUAGGCGGUGCGCCUCCAAAAUCCGAACCGCACCCUGGCGGGCCCCCCGCCCCCGGCCCGCAGAACGCGCCGCAGGCGCCCCCGCAGCUGUCGACAUCCUCCGCCGUCGCGGACAUGGCGCACGCGGGAUUGUACAGCGGCCGGUAUGCUGCGGCGGCGGCGGCGACGCACGCUUUGAGAUUCGGGGCGGCGGGCGACGUGUCGCUGACGCUGGGGCUGCGGCACGGGGCGGCGGGCAGUGGAGGGAGCGGCGCAGGGGUCGGCGGCAGCGAUGGCGGCGGCGGAGGCCGAUUCGGAGCCGUUAGAGAAUUUGGCGGUUGAUUGGCAGUUAAGUUAGUUAGUUAGUUCGUUAGUUAGGGUUUUUUACUGGGAGGUGAUGGGGGGGAACAUUAAUAGUUACUUAGCUAAUUAUUAGGGUUUCAGAUCAUGAUCAUAGUGACACUAGCUAGGAUUUAUGGUACAGGUAAAUUUAAAAAGAAAAAAGAAAAAAAAAGAAAAAAAAAGAGGAGGAUUAAUUAAGAAAGAAAUUGAUGACAGAGAUGAAAUAUUUUGUCUUUUAAUUUUAACAAUUUUAAAUUUUUAUAGCCUUUUGUUA